AUGAUUGGUCAGUUGAAACUGCCAGCUGAUGGCAUUUGCGAAAACAUUCAGUACACCAAUUUUACAUUGCACAGUGAGUUGCACUACUGGUCUAGUGAAAUGACUGCAGCUGCAACAGCCGUUCUAGUUCUGUUAGCCAUAUUCGGAUUCUUGGGUGCAGUGAUCAAUACCAUAGUGUUUUACGCUCUGUUCAAAGUGAAAAUCGGAUCUCGUCUGACCAGUACACUGAUGCAAUCGCAGUGUGUAUUUAACGGGUUCACCUGCCUUGUGGUGUUUCUAUACAAGGUAAGCGGAUCCCGUAUCACAACUGGACAUAUUUGGUGGGACACAUUUUUCUGCUAUCUGUGGAAUGAUGACAUACUGAUGUGGUUCGGAGUGGCCGGCGGAUUGUGCAACGCAAUGUGUAUUUCCAUCGGCCAUGCGAUCGCCGUAUUUUUUCCAGUGUUUUACAAAAUGUAUCAAAUCUAUUUGAUGUGGGCUCUACUCAUUUAUGUGAUCGUGAUUGAUAUACUCCUAUAUAUUCCUAUCCCGAUGGCAAGAAUCUAUGUAAACGGAAUAUGCCAGUAUGCAACUUCAUUUUCAAGUAUAACUUUGGAACAGUUUAUUACGGUUGAGCGAUACAUGUGGCUGGCAUUGGGGAUCGUUUCUCCUGUCAGUGUGAUCGUCGUGGCCCACACCUCGGUGAUUGUUUACAUAUAUCGUCACUGGAAAUUAAGUGACGCAAAUAAGAAAGCGCAGAUGAGCACCAGUGAGGAGCAAUUGUGGAGAAUGCGGAAACGGAUGAAAGAAAUUGCUUUGAGUACUGCGGCCGUGGCUGGUACCCUACUGAUUUGCAACGCGUUUGAUAUAACAACUUACGUGCUACAAUCUGCGGGUUUAUACAAAUACAUAAACCUGUCGCUUUCUCAACAAGCUGGGGUGGUACCGAUCAUCAUGUCCAGUUGUAUUGUUCCGUGCAUUCUCGUUGCCAGUAUUAAAUCUGUGCGACGCUACUUUCUUGAGAAUGUCAUUUUCGGUUUAUUGGUGAAAUUUGGUUUACGCCAAAGAGGUUCAUGCAUGAGCACUCGUUCACAGAGUGAAGCAGACUGGACUGCGAAUAACGUAAAUCCAGAAUAG